AUGGAAGCGCGCACGACAAGCUGGAAAAUCCACAAUAUACCAAAACAGAUCAAGCGCAACGUUUUAUUAGGCCUGAUAAAGGGGCAGCUAAACCACGAGAAUUUUUCGCUCUCUUUCAAGGACAACCGGCGAGUAGCCACUCUGAUAACACAGGAGGACACGCUCCCAGAGAUAAUGCACAAAGGCCGGGCACUUGACAUCAGGAGAAUGAACGUGGAGGUGCGUGAUGUGAAGGACAUAGUUACGCCGUUGAACAAAAUGUCGUAUGCUUCUCAGCUGGAAAAGAAGGCUUCUGACGUGAAGGAGAUGUUUUCGCAUUUGGGGUGUGCCGAGGUUGAGUCUGUGGCUUCGCCUUUGGAAGUCGGGUACAGGAACAAGUGCGAGUUCACAUUCGGGUUCUCAAGCGAGAAUGUGCCGACGCUGGGGUUUAGGCCAGCGAAGUUUACGUCUGCGCCGAACCUUGUAGCAGACCCAAAGGAGUGCACCUUCAACACGCCAGAGGAGAUGCUGUCUCUUGUUCAGGCCGUGAACAGCUACCUGCCAGAAAAGGCCGGCCUGGUCUAUAACCGGAUAACAAAUACAGGAUUUCUGCGGCUGCUGUGCCUCAGGAGGCUGGGGGAGCAUCUCGUGUGCAUUCUCCAGGCGAACUGCGAGUCCUUUGAGUGUGCGCUAGACAACAAGAUGGUUUGCGACUUUAUAGACACUCUGCCGGGCGAUGUUUUUCUGUCGUGCUCGACUGGAAUAUUCGACGGGCUUCUAAGAGACUCUGAGCUGAGGCAGGUGAAGGGAGAGAAAAGGCAGUACAAGGAAGUUCUCAACGGGUGCACGUUCGAGGUUUUUCCGCUGGGGUUCUUCCAGGUGAACAAAGGCGUGGCCCAGAUUUUGGUGCAAACUCUCCAAAAAAGCAUAGAGACAGACACGGUUUUGGACAUUUGCUGCGGGUCUGGGAGUCUUGGAAUAUGCGUGGCAAAGGGCACGCAGAAGAAGGUGGUGGGCUUAGAGCUGUCCCAGGAGUCGGUCAACGACGCAAAGGCAAACGCCGAGCUGAACGGCGUGGAUGCAAAGUAUUUCUGCGGGUCUGUUGAGAAGACUCUUCCCUGCGUUCUGGAAAAGACAAAGGAGCCGGCGUCUGCCUUGAUUGACCCGCCGCGCGCAGGAAUAUCCGACAAGCUGGCCCGAGGAAUCGCCCAGCACAGCAACAUAUCGGAAAUAUUCUACAUCAGCUGCUCCUACUCAUCGGUCAAGAGCAACAUUGAGGCCAUCUCGAAGACGUAUGCUCUGAAGAAGAUAUACGUCCUCGACAUGUUCCCGUUCACGAAAGACGUAGAGUGCAUCUUCCACUUUGUAAGAAAGCCAGAGACAGCGCCUGCUGCAUAG